CCGGAAGCACUUUUGUUGGCGUCAUAUCCGGUGAGAGAAGGCUACAUGUUUCAAUUAGUUCAUGAUCCGGGAUUUUUAUUUGGAUUUAUAAAACAACAAAUGUGAUUAGAAAAUGAAUUACAUGCCGGGGACAGCCAGCCUCAUCGAGGACAUCGACAAGAAGCACUUGGUUCUUCUGAGGGACGGGAGGACGCUGAUCGGGAUCCUCAGGAGCAUCGAUCAGUUCGCGAACCUGGUGCUGCACCAGACGGUGGAGCGGAUCCACGUGGGGAAGAAGUUCGGAGACAUCCCUCGUGGGAUCUUCGUGGUCCGAGGAGAGAACGUGGUGCUGCUGGGAGAAGUGGAUCUGGAUAAAGACUGCGAUCAGAUCCUGCAGCGAGUCUCCAUCGAGGAGAUCCUGGAGGAGCAGCGGGUGGAGCAGCAGGCCAAGCAGGAGUCUGAGCGUCUGAAGCUGCAAGCGGUGAAGGAGCGAGGGUUAUCCCUCCCCAAAACCGACACACUCGACGAUUUCUGAACGCCUUUUUCCUCUCUUUUUUUUUUUUCUUUUUUUUUAUAUAAAUAUGAGCGAUUGUGUACAAUGCAAAAUAUCACCGAAAAACACGUGACCUUUUUUUCUUUCUUUUUUUUUUUUUUUAUUAAAGCAGCUGCUAGAAUUCCACUGCAAACCGUCCUCCAUCUUUAUUUUCCUUUUUUUUAUGGAAGCAGGAAAUGGGUGAUGGACCAAAAAACAAACGAACACGGAAGCAUUUCUGCUCCGUGGCUUUUAGUUUCUACAGAAUAAAGUAAACUCAGUGUGGGUUUUUCUGUGUGUGUUUGUGUUGUUGAAUAAAAUCACCCUGUACAACAGAGAGAUUUGUGUUGGAUUAAAUCGGUUUUGUACGCA